AACCCGGAGUCUUGACCCUAAUGCUCGAACACGGCGUUAUACUAAAUCGAGCCCACUCUUAUUAGCCAAUUUAGGGCAUAAUUGUUCAUCUUCUCCCUUUUAGCUAUUCUUCCUUCCUUCCUAACUCUUAAACCAGAUUGUAUAGAUAUAUCUUCCUUGAUUCAUACUCGCGAUUCCAGUUUUCGAAAAUCUGCGACGUCUCUCGGUAAUCUCCUUUUGCUACAGGCUAUUAGUAUAUCAUAAGGAUACUUUGAUCAUAGACCAUGUUUGGUUCAAGUAACCCUUUUGGGCAAUCACCUAGUGCAUCAUUUGGAACCCAAUUUCCUUUUGGGCAAAGCAAUCCUAAUAGUAAUCCUUUUGCUCCAAAGCCUUUUGGAGCUGUGAAUGCUUUUGGUUCGCCCACCGGAGGUUCAAUGUUUGGCAGCACCUCAACUGGUGUGUUUGGUCAAUCAUCAUCACCGUUGUCUUCAACACCAGUGUUUGGCGCUACUUCAUCACCAGGGUUUGGGAGUUCGAAUCCUGCUUUUGGCAGCACAUCGUCAUCUUUUGGGGGUUCUUUUGGCCAGAAGCCUGCUUUUGGAAAUUUUGGCUCUGGUACUCAAGCAAGUCCAUUUGGAAGCUCAUUUCAACAAUCACAACCUUCAUUGGGUAGCAAUUUAUUCGGUGGUACGUCACCAUUUGGUGCACCAAGCCAACCUUCAUUUGGUGGUGCUACUACCCCUGCUUUUGGAUCAUCGACUACACCAUCAUUUGGUGGUGCAAGCACCCCAACUUUUGGAGUUACCAAUUCAGCUUUCGGUUCAACACCAAGUCCGGUUUUUGGAAAUACAGGAUCUGCUUUUGGUGCCUCAACGACACCUGCAUUCGGGUCUGGAGGUGCAUUUGGUUCAGCAAACACCUCUGUCUUUGGCGCUGGAAAUGGUGCUGCCUUUGGUGCUACUACCACAUCAGCAUUUGGUGCUACAAGCACUCCGGCAUUUGGUGUUUCUUCUACACCAGCUUUUGGUGCUAGUGCUAGCACUCCAGCAUUUGGGACAGCAAAUUCCAGCACCCCAUCUUUUAGUUUUGGCUCCACGCCAGCCUUUGGUCAAACUACAUCUACGUUCGGUAGCACUGGUUUUGGAUCUACGCCGUCCCCAUUUGGUGCCUCAAGCUCUCCUUUUGGAGCAUCUACUUCAAGCACCUUCGGUGGUGCUGUUGGGCAGUCGAAUUUGGGAGGAAGUAGAGUUACUCCAUACCAACCGUCUCCAGAAGUCGAUGGAGGUAGUAGUAGCACUGGUGGACCUGGAAAGUUAGAGUCAAUAUCUGCCAUGCCAGCUUACAAAGACAAAAGCCAUGAAGAGCUGAGGUGGGAGGAUUACCAACGUAACGAUAAAGGUGGCCCUUCUCCUGCUGGGCAAUCUACUCCGGGGUUGAACUUUGGUGCAUCUCCUUCUACUGCUCAGUCCAGCCCUUUUGCUACAUCAACGUUUGGACAGCCAACAUCUAACCCCUUUGGAACACCAGCACCUGCACAAUCGAAUCCAUUUGGUGCAAAACCUUCGGUAUUUGGUGCUACAACUACUUCAACAUUUGGCUCUUCUCCUUUCGGUUCUAUAACAACACCCUCCGCUUUUGGGUCAACUCCAACGCCAACGUCAACCAUUUUUGGAGGGUCUACUCCAGCAUUUGGAUCAGGCACUGCCCCUUCUCUUUUUAGUACUGGUAGCUCUUCAGCUAUUGGAUCUUCGUCUAUAUUUGGUUCUACACCUGCUCAGGGGGGUACCACAACUUUUGGUUCUUCUUUAAGCUUUGGUAAUACGCAGCCAUCAUCUUUGUUUCAGUCGUCCCCAUCACUUGGAACCGGAAAUACUUUUGGGCAAACUAGUUCUGCCCUUGGACAGAGUCCUGGGUUUGGUCAAAAUCCGUUUAAUAAUGCAUCUGGAUUUGGAUCAAAUUUAUUUUCCAACUCCACAGGCAGCCAAUUUGGCUUUCCUCAAAACAAUCCUUCUCUUUCAUCUGCUUUUCAACCCAGUUUUCCCACACAGACAGCUAGUGGUUUCAACUUAAAUACCUUUGGACAGGCAUCGUCAGGUGUGAACAGCGGCCUUGGUGCAUCAAACCUCUUUGGGCAAGGUCUUGGACAGUCUUCUUCCAAUCAGAUCUCUGCAGUUGCACAGCCCGUUGCAGUCACAAAUCCUUUCGGGACCCUUCCAGCAAUGCCUCAUAUGUCUAUUGGCAAUGCUGGAACCUCACCAUCCAUUCAAUAUGGAAUUUCUAGCAUGCCUAUCGUUGAUAAGCCUAACCCUGUAAGAAUUUUUUCCUUUUUAACAUCACGCCAUUUAUCUCAGAGGCGGAUCAGGCUACCCACAAGGAAAUAUCAUCCCAAAAAUGAUGGUUCUAGGGUUCCAUUCUUCAGUGAUGAUGAUGAAGCACCUAGCACGCCGAAGGCAGAUGCUCUAUUUGUUCCCAGGGAAAAUCCUAGAGCCUUGAUUAUUCGGCCUGUGCCAAAAUCUUCGAAGGAAACAUGCGUCUUGGGACAAGAGAAUGGUAAAACAUCUGAAGAAAGUGGACAUCCUCAGACUGGAUCUAUUGCAGAUGUAAAUGGCAGCAUUGCCAAUGGUAAUGGAUUGAUAAAAGAACAAAGAAAUCCUGUGAAAACCAACCAGAAACCUGGUACUGACGGUACUUUGAAUCAUAAAGGAGAUUCAUACAUUACACUUUCAGGCCACAGAGCUGGUGAGGCAGCAAUUGUAUACGAGCAUGGGGCUGACAUUGAGGCAAUGAUGCCUAAGCUCCGACACUCUGAUUAUUACACAGAGCCUCGGAUACAAGAGCUAGCUGCCAAAGAAAGGGCUGAACCAGGUUACUGCAGACGUGUAAAAGAUUUUGUAGUGGGUCGACAUGGUUUUGGAAGCAUUAGGUUCCUAGGGGAGACUGAUGUAAGACGGCUUGAUCUCGAGUCUCUAAUCCAGUUCAAUGAUCGCGAAGUGAUUGUUUAUAUGGAUGAGAGUAAAAAACCUCCAGUUGGUCAAGGUCUCAACAAGCCUGCCGAAGUAACUCUGCUUAACAUCAAAUGUUACAACAAAAAGACGGGAACUCAAAUCUUAGAAGGACCAAGACUUGAAAAAUACAAGGAGAUGCUGAAGCAGAAAGCGGAAGAACAAGACGCGGAAUUCAUAUCUUAUGAUCCAGUAAAAGCAGAGUGGAAAUUCAGAGUCAAUCACUUCAGCAAAUAUGUGCUUUGCGACGAUAAUACGUGGGAUAUGGAUUGAUGAUACUGCUUAGAUAGCUUGGUCCGUGUGUCUGGUUGCUGCAAGAUUUCUUCUGCUAGCUCAUCGUAAUGCUUUUUUCUGGCAGGAUCUAUGUUGUGAUCUUCUCUUGGUCUUUAUGGGUUUUGUAUAAUGCAACAUUUUUUUGGUUGUCUUCUAUCUGAUGGUGAGAAAAUGUUGUAAUUUCAUUUUUGGUGGUGGUUAUGCGAGACAAAUCAUCCUGAAACUCAGCCCUCUUGGUCAGCUGUGGACUUGUUGUGGACCAAACCUAAGGGAAUUUAUACAUUGGUUUUUUGGAGCCAAAUAUUAUAAUCAUUUAAUUAAAGCGUCUGAUUCAAGUUUUUUGAAAA